AUAUAUGAUCUUAUCUAAUGACGAUUGCGAUAGCAGAUUAGUGAUUCACUGAUUAUUUAAUAGUUAUCACUCGCGAAACAUAUGUCUCAACAUAGUGACUGUAUAUUUUUGUUCCGUCCUGCAGAUCGUGUCUUACGCUCUAAAGCAACAAUUCAAUAUAAUUGUGGGCUUUGUCUAUAUGUGGUCAUUUUUAAGCAUGUCGUGUGUUUGAAAACGUUUUGCAAUCAAAAUUAAUGUCUAUCGAGGUAUACAGCACGUCAUGAGUGAUUGAUUAAUCGGUUUUUGGGUAAAAAAAAACUAAAAUUUUUUAAAUUUACAAAAUUCAAUUUAUUUCUUCUGUAAAUGACUUUAGAAAAAUAUAAUAAUAACAAUCAAAUAGUACUUAUAUGGUAAUUUAGUGUAACUGAAGUCCUGCCAUCAAUUCAUGUUAACUGAAAAAGUGAAAACACAAGGCCGUCAUCAACUUCGCACAAGUAAUCGUCAUGGCUAAUUGGUUGGAUUUGGACGAUUUACUCCCAUAUGACAACCAAGUUGGAGGUCAUAAAUUUACUAAAGAAAAACCAUUGUUGGGUUUAUUGAAACAUAAAGAAGGUUACUUAUUGAAAUCAGUAGAGGGCGGUACAAAAGGAAAGAAUGAAGUACGCUUUUAUGAUGAAUUAUUAAAAAAUGAAACCCUAAUAAAUCUCAGGGCACUAGUUCCAUUGUAUUAUGGUACUGUCAAUGUUCAAAUUAAUUCUAAAGAUAUGACAUUCAUUGUAUUGGAUGAUAUUACUACAGGCAUGAAAAAACCAUGUGUGAUGGAUGUAAAAAUUGGUUCACAGACAUGGGAACCAGGAUGUUCGGAAAAGAAAAAAGAUGAUGAAAAUGCGAAAUAUACAGAAUGUAAAAAACAGUGGAGUUUUUGUAUACCAGGUUUUCAAGUGUACGAUUUAUUAAAUUCCAAUUUGGUACGGCCACAGAAAUAUGAUAAAGAAUUUGGCAAAAGUUUAGAUCCAGGAAAAGUUAUCUCUGUGUUCGAGACAUUUUUAAACAUUAACAGUGGAUAUCUAGGUGUAGAAAAACUUGUUCAAAGCUUUACAGCUCAAUUGGAUCAUAUAAGACGAUACUUCCAAACUCAAAAACAUUACCAUUUUUAUUCUAGUUCGGUUUUGUUAGCUUAUGAUGCAGAAACAUUAACAAAUGACAAAAACACUUAUCCUUUGUUAAGAGUAUCACUAAUAGAUUUUGCACAUGUAACUCCAGCUGAUGGUAAAAUUGAUUUGAACUAUUUACAAGGUAUUACUAAUUUAUGGACGUUGUUCCGAACACAAUUGUUACACAACAAUUAAUAUGAAUCUCUUCAAUUAUUGUUGGUGCCCAAUACUUAUUAAAUUAAUAUUUUUUUUUAGUUUUAAUGUCUAGCUUAACUUAUCGUAUUUCGUUCAUUAUUUUUAUUAUUUAUUAAUUUUGUCUAUAACCAAAAUUAUAAAUAGAUUAUAUUUUAUUUAACAUCUAAAACCAAUACAUAAUCAUACAAUAGUAAUUUUACAUUAUUUUUUAAUACUGUAUUUAUUUAAGAUAAAAUAUAUCUAUUAUUAAAUCGAUAGAGUUUAAAUACGAUUUGUGUAUCUUGAUUUAUAUAUAUUUUAAUUCUGAAAUGUUUAAUUCAACUAAUUUUUAUGAAAUUCAAUUUCAUUAUAAAAUUAAUUUGAUGGAGUUCUGUCAACAACUGGUUGAAAUUGUUGUGUGUUAUUAUGAAUUAAUAUAAAAUUAAUUUAAUUUUAAAUCUGUGAUCUUAUAGCCAAUUUUAAACAUUCAAAAUUAAUAA